AUGGACGAAGGGGACACGGAGGACUCACAACAAUGGUCUGGGAAUGUCCGCAGGCAGAUGUGGAAAACCAUCUGCCAGCGAACUGCACUCAACACUACACUGUCCCCAACAGAGCGCGCGCUAUAUGCUGCCCUCGCACCCACACCCUCCACCGCUGCCGUGCUAAAGGCUGUGUGCCGCACCUGGGAAGAACACCUGUGGGUUGUGGUGAGCAUCGCGUGCGAGGAGCGUCCAAGCCUCGGGCUCGCCCGUAUCGCGCGGGAAUGUUUCCGGGAGAGCGGCUUAGGCACUCUGGAAGGCAGCGCGGCAAGUGAAGCAGGCAUGGUUCCCGACGAGGGGGUGGAGGAGGAGUGGGAAGAGGACGUGAAGCAGAUGCUGGAAGCAUUGGAGGCGGUGCAGGUCGCGGAAGGUGCCCCGGCGGACCACCCGUACCACAUCUCGCAGCUGCAUAUCAUUCUGGACAAGACUGAUGAGCUGUUGGAGUCGUUUGCGAAUGGGCUGCAGGAGGGUAUAUAUGUCUCGGCGCCCGAGUACCCGGCGCUGACGCGUUUCUUCGCGCACCUCUGCCUCUUCCUGCAGCUGAUCGACAUGCCCGUCUCCCCACUCGCGACCCAGGUAAUCCUCGAAGCAUAUCUGCGAGUGCUCGAAAGCGCGGGCCAGCGGGAGCUGUUCGCGAUGUACACCGGGGCGCUCGGGGACAACGCGGUGGAGCGCUACGCGCUCUUCCUCACGUCGCUCGAGCUGUCUGGGGGUAUGCAUGAGCGAAGGCUCGCGCUCACCCGUGCACGGGAGCAUGGGCUUGGAAUUGAAAGAGAGGCGAUUGUCAUGGCGGAGAGGACGAUCGAGAAGACAUUCACGGAGAUCUUGCCCCCUGUGAAGGGUCCGCUGCCGUCAAUUAUUGGGCUGGAGCCUGCUGCGACGGACGCGGAGAUCUUGCUCCUGCGGUCGAUUGAGUGGACAACGUUCCUGGAGUCGACAUACGACACUGCGCUAGAGCAGGCCAAUGUUAUUCUCCGCUACUUCCUGGGACGAGGACGCAUCCAACUAUCGAAGAUGCUCCUCGACAUGCUCCCACCGGAGCUCGGGAGUCUGCCUGAACCCGAGGACCAGGCGACGGAGUUCAUGCACUACCGCCAGAUCUUCAACGUAUGGGGACUCCUCGCGCGCGUCGUGGAGACACAGGCGCUGGAGCAACCACAGAUGAAUAAGGAGACAAGGUUGGCAUGGCUGGACGAUUACAAGACGUUGGUCGAGCAGGCGAGGGAGCAGGUGAUCAAGCUGCUAACGACAGACUGGCUCAUGUCGGACGCGGAGGUGCACAAUGGGGAUCGGAGACGCCGCGACCUGAGUCGCAUACGACAGAUCUACAUCCCCGAGCUCAUCAUCCGCCUACACUCCAUCCUUGUUGAUUCCCGGGGUCGCAUCCCCGAGAACAUGAAGCACGCGCUUUCGCUGGUCAAUAUCGUUGCAGACUCGCGAUACAGGCUGUACGAGGACUUCUCGAAGCAGGACGGUCGUCGGCUCGGGGAUUCCCUCGGCGCAGUCCGUCAGGCUGUCCUGGCAGGAUUGGAAGGUGGUGGUUCGGACCGGUCCCGGAUACUUACGGUGUACUACCCUUCGUCGACUGAGAAGGUCACCUUGCGUUCAACCUCUAUUGGUGACGGCUUCUCUGCAAGAUGGACUCAGGUAUGCAUGGUCCGCGCACUCGGAGUUGGUAGCAUGCUCGCCUUGUUGAACACAUAG